CAGUUGUAAAUAAAACCUUUUCGAGUAAUGUGUGCAAUAUUUUGAGAUUGGAUACUUCCCUCUAAUAUUCGUAAGGAAGAAUGAUUCCAUGCUUGAAUAAAAGGGGUAUCACUGCCUGAGUAACCUUACCGAGGCGCUAAUAACAAGGAAAUUCAUCCCAAUAUACCUACCUAGGUAAUUCAAACUUCUUACAUCAUGGGGCGUUUGAGUAUGGACAUCCAGCCAACUUCAGUCGCCAUACAAACACCCAGUUGAUUUUCCCACCUUCAGCGUCACACGGUAUAUUAAGAAUGUCGACAUACCUUCCACCAGGCUGGACCGCUGAGCAGCUUGGGUCUGCCACACUUUCCGACAUCCAGCAAUUACCUCCAGACGUAAGUAUCUUCCUCCCUCCCUCUUUCUAUUUCCCAACUAACUCGUCAAAGACUCUACACAAACUGGACCUCAAUUACAUGUCAUCCGCAGGUAAUUCGGCGCGAGACCUUGUCCUCACAGCCCAACUUACCGAAUCCCGCCGUCUCGAGCGCAUUUCCCUUGGUCUUCCCCCCGCCCCACCAAAGACCAAACCCGAGCGCGACCCAUACGUACAGAUUGUCGAAGAUGAGCGGCUCAAGGACUUUGGAUAUCUAUGUUUCCGUGCGACGUAUGCUGAUGAUGCGAGGUGGGAGAAGUGGCAAGAGAAAUUCAAUGCGGGGUUGGAGGGGGGUUUGGUGGGGUGUGCUGGCCGGGAGAGGGUCGCGGAAAGGUUGAUGGUAAUGUUUGUUGACGAUAGUGAUUUAGACGGUGUGAGUUUUUCGGAUGUCGCCAAGGCUUUUGCGGAUGUGAAGGAGAAUGGGGAUUUUGGCCCUGGGUUGGAUGUUGGGAUGUGUUUGAUGCUUGAUGAGGAGGCUAUGGCCUCAUUACUGGAACCUGUUGAGGGCAAAGACCCGUGGGUUUGGGCUGUGGAUGUGAGCUAUGAUUUCGAUGGUGCGCAGAUGGAGGAUGGAUACCCGGGACGGUUCAAGGUCGCCAUUGAUUCUUUGGUCUCGGACCUUUGGCCAUUGCUUGCUGGCUCAAGUAUGCAGCCAGAGAGUCUCUGGCAACCUGAAAAUUCGAUUUGGAAGAGUGCGAUAUAAUUCGUGGCAAAACUUGGCAUUGGAACUCGGAGAGGUUAAUGAGUUGGUUUCACUUGGCACAAUAAAAAGCGACACCUGCUUGUCUUUGAUUCGGAAUACAAUAGAAGUCAGGCAGUCUGCCCUAAUAUCCAAAGGAGUCUUGGAACUUGGCUCAGAUAGCUAACGGAAAGACUUGUACAAAACCUUCUUUACUUAUAACUUUAGAUUCACCGAGCUAGAUAUUGCAAGAAUCACACUCAGCACUCAGCCUAGAAGUCCUCAAAAAGCAAGACGGGACGAAUGGAGAACACAGAACGCAAUAUAAGAAUGAUAGAAAACUGGAUUCUUGAAUGAAGAGC